CCGAAGGGCCGCGCCGGGGCCUAGCGGCCGCGCUCCGCGCCACACAUGGCGCCGGGGGGGAGGGGGGAGGCGCGGCCUGCUCCCGCCUCAACCCGGCGACGGAGGCUCGGCGCUUACCCCGCGUCCUCCUCGUUCUUGCUGGCAUUGAUCUGAUCGCCCUCGGCUCCAUUCUGGCUAGCGGCCGUCCCCGCUGUUCCCGCCGCCGGUCCGGCUGCCGCCGCCGCCGCCGUUCCCGCCGUCGCCGCUCCUGCCGCCGCCGCCGCCGCCGGAGCCCCGCCGCUUUCGGCCUGCUGCUCUCCGGCGCUCUCGGCCGCUUCGUGCCCGUUCUGGGUGGCGCCAGCGGCGGCCGCCAACUGCUGCUCCGCUUCGGACAUGCUGCCCUGCCCGCAGAGGCAAGAGGGACGACAGACGCCUGCAAGAAACGAACGCGGCCCACGGGUCAGCGAGGCGGCUCCCCCCACUGGGCCGGUCUAAUCCGGUCUGGUCCCGCCCCUCCCCCCUUUUCCGCCGCCAUCCCGCUCGUACUCACUUUAAAACCCGCUCGCAAUAAAAUCCGGGCCGGCCGGAAUCGGAUUAAAAUCCCGCACGCGCUGGAGCUGACACCCCUCCCCGCGGCGCUCGGCUGCUCCGCACCAGCCCCGCCGCCACCUUCUCCUCCCCCUGAGACACGUACUCUCCAGCUCGGAGCCUUAACGCGUGGCCGCCUUUAUACGGCCGGAGCCUCAGCCACACACCAAUAAGGAGCUUCUUCGUUGGUCGCCUGCGCCUGUCACUCCCACCAUUCGGCGUUUUCGGUUGGCUCCGCUGUGGGAGGCGGGUAGGGGCCCGCGAGACUGGGCUGGGAGGCACAGAAAGACGCGCGGAGGCCUCGCGCCUGUCGCCUCAGUGCUGAGAGCGGCUCUCCCCGAGCCGCCUGCCCGCGGGACGGCGGCCGGCGGGCCGGCCCUCGUGCUGUUAUCGCCGGGGCAGCCCAGGAGGUGCAGCGCGCCGGGGAGCACCGCCCUGCUUCCUUCGGAGCCCGCAGGUUUUUAUGUUUGCAGCUGUGGCAGCUGGCUGCAGAAAUACAUCUGCACUGAAGUUAUGAGUUUAUAGACCAGUAACUGAGAAGAAACUGAAUCUGGCAGCAGUUUUGUUAUGAGCCUCACAGAUCUUCUCUUCUGGAGAGAAAAAAAAUAAAAAAGAGAACCAACAUAUCAUUCACUGCCCUGAAACUGCUGAUGUAAUUUAUCCAUUUCCCAUACCCUAUGUCCACUUUGUCUAAAUUGAUGUACAGAAGGGGCAUAUGAAUCCUAAUUUAGAAGUGGAGAUGCAGAUGUUAAUGCCCGAACCUCAGAUUUAUCUGGAAAGAACUCUGGCUCUCAUCAAACCAGAUGUCGUUGAUAAAGAAGAAGAAAUAGAGGACCUAAUUCUCCGAUCAGGAUUUCUGAUCAUUCAGAAACGGAAGCUCCAGUUCAGCCCAGAGCAAUGUAGCAACUUUUACGCAGACCAGUAUGGAAAAGUGUUUUUUCCCAAUUUAACAGCCUAUAUGAGUUCUGGACCUUUAGUUGCUAUGGUUCUUGCGAGACAUUGUGCAGUCUCCUAUUGGAAGGAAUUGCUUGGACCAUCAAACAGCACGAAAGCUAGGAGAACUCACCCGCACAGCUUAAGAGCAAUCUAUGGGACUGAUGAUCUAAGGAAUGCACUUCAUGGCAGUCUCAGCAUUCCCUCAGCAGAAAGAGAAAUUCGAUUCCUGUUUCCAGAAGCGAUCUUGGAGCCAAUUCCAACUGGACAAAGAGCUCGGGAUUACUUGAGCCUUUACGUGAAGCCUACGCUACUGGCUGGGCUCACCGCACUAUGUAAAGAGAAGCCAGCAGAUCCAAUGACUUGGCUUGCUGACUGGUUGAUUGAACACAAUCCCAAUAAACCGAAGCUACAGUAUCAGAUCACCAAGGAAGAGCAGCGGGGCUGAGAGCUCAGUGGAACCCCUCUCAAGCAUUCCACAUUAUAAUACAUGUUACUGUUUUUAUUGAAUCUCUUGGCUAUGUAAUCAAUAUUAUCUGAAGUAAAUGUCAUAACUACUUGUGUCUUCAUGGGUUAAAUAGACUUCUACUAGAACUAUUAAAUCCUGGUUAAGUGCCUUUAUCGACAAAGUGAUAUGAUGUCAGGUAACUAGAAAAGGACAAAAUUCCCCUCAGAUGUGAUGUGAUUGCUAUUUUUUGUAUUUAUCUCGAGUUGGCUGUCUGUGGAGAAACAAAUUCUUUACAGCAGUGCAGAUUCCCAAGUGGCAUACAGCUGGCCUGUGCUCUGUGAAACUGGGAGUUGUUUCAUUUUUUUAGCAGACACCAAUUCCAUCAUGAAGGAAGGUACUUGGAUAUAAGUUAGAAAUUAGUUACUAGAGGCAUAUUAGCAACUUUGGCAUUUUAAUUGCUGACCACAGCACUGGGCUAAGGUCACUCUUGAACAUGAUUCACUUGAGCCUGAUGUAUCUUGUCAGAAUGUAAUUUGAAGGUCCAUCAAAUGUACCUUUCCUUUCUCAGUAGUAUAAACCAGUCUUUGAUUUCCAUUAGAAGUCACAAACUAAUGCUGUCUUGCAACAUUGGUUUGGAAGAAAGGUGCUUAAUUGGAACACCUUAAGGAUGUUUACUGUGUUCUGCUCUUAAAAUGCUGAUUUCUGUUGUUUUCCUUAUAUUGAUGUUUACCCUUGAACUUUCAAUGUGUUCUAUGUGUGAAUUUCAAGAGAAUGGGUUAGAGGCUAAGGUGGGUUAGAGUGAUAGGUUAUUCCUGUGCUAUUACCUUAAAGUAAUUGGACUGUUGGUUUUAUUUUUUUGUGGGGAGGAGGCUUUUUAAUUUUCUCAUGAGUUUCUAUUUGCACUGUUAACUUCAAGAUUCGUAUCUUAUGUUUUGACUGUCUCAGAGGGAGAGUAAUUUUCAUAACUGAAAUACUAGUAUGCUUGACUAAUGCUAAACAAGCAAGCAAUUUAAUAAUUUGUUUCAUGAAAAAACCUGCUCCCCCAACUUGAGUAAUUACGAGAAACACAAGUAAUUUGUCUGUAACAGUAAUUUUGUUUAGGAUAAUUGUUUCUCUUCUUUAUGGGGUAAACCACUAUUGCCAGCCCAGAGAAUAAACAUUUAGAAAACCGGUCCCUACAAUUCUGGAACCUAGAAGUUUGGGGACUUUUAGG